AAAGAAAAGGAGAGAGAUGAGUGUGGAUAGCAGAAAAAGUUGAGGUCGGCUGAAUACGUAGAGUUUAUGAAAAUGGCGACGGCGUUUGCGGCAGCAACUUCCUCGGCGGCCACCGCCGUCGUUUUACCUCGUCUUCCUAGCACCACCGCUGUCCGUUGCUCAUCGUUACCACACCUUCCAGCUCGUUCGUUUUCCACUUCGAUCAAACAGAUUUCAGUAUCACGAAGGUCAUCUCUAUUGAAGAUCAAGGCCUCAGAAGAUGCAUCAUCUCCUCCGGAUGCUAAUGAAUUGUUCAAUGACUUGAAGGAAAAGUGGGAUGCACUUGAAGACAAGUCAACAGUUAUAUUCUAUGGAGGAGGAGCAGUUGUUGCAAUUUGGAUAUCUUCAAUCCUUGUUGGUGCUGUCAACUCAGUGCCAUUGCUUCCAAAGAUCUUGGAGUUGGUAGGACUUGGAUAUACUGGAUGGUUUGUUUACCGAUAUCUUCUCUUCAAGUCUAGCAGAAAAGAGUUGGCAACUGAUAUUGAGUGGAUAAAGAAGAAGAUUGCAGGGACCGAGGAAAUUAUAUGAUUGUUAAAUUUUUCUUAUAAAAUUUGGGUAAGUAGUCAUGCAUGUGUGCCAAUAAGAUUGUUCAAAAGCCUUAUGAAAAAUAUCUUCAACCAUUCCCGAGAAAAUAUGUUUUGGUCUUCUUUGAUGAGAUAUUUUUGUAAUGAAAGAAAGAAAGAGAGGAAAUGUAACGAUUCAAUUGAAUUCUCUAUUAUUCAAACAUGAAGAGGCUACAAAGAUA